CCGGCCCUCGCGGCGCCGCCGCCCGCGCAGACCCGGAGCGCGGCCGCGGACGAAGAUGGCGACCGCCAUGUACUUGGAGCACUACCUGGACAGUAUCGAGAACCUUCCCUGUGAGCUUCAGAGGAACUUCCAGCUGAUGCGAGAGCUGGACCAGAGGACGGAAGCCAUUUCUCUCUCAGAUAAGAAAGCUGAGAUUGACAUCCUGGCCGCGGAGUACAUCUCCACCGUGAAGACGCUUUCCUCAGACCAGCGCGUGGAGCACCUGCAGAAGAUCCAGAGCGCCUACAACAAGUGCAAGGAGUACAGUGACGACAAGGUGCAGCUGGCCAUGCAGACCUACGAGAUGGUGGACAAGCACAUCCGGAGGCUGGAUGCAGACCUGGCUCGCUUUGAGGCGGACCUAAAGGACAAGCUGGAGGGCAGCGACUUCGAGAGCUCUGGAGGACGGGGGCUAAAAAAAGGUCGAGGUCAGAAAGAAAAGAGGGGCUCCAGGGGUCGCGGCAGGAGGACCUCAGAAGACGACACCCCAAAGAAGAAGAAGCAUAAAGGAGGGUCCGAGUUCACCGACACCAUCCUGUCCGUGCACCCCUCCGACGUGCUGGACAUGCCCGUGGACCCGAACGAGCCCACAUACUGCCUGUGCCACCAGGUGUCCUACGGGGAGAUGAUUGGCUGCGACAACCCGGACUGCCCCAUCGAGUGGUUUCACUUUGCCUGUGUGGACCUGACCACGAAGCCCAAAGGAAAAUGGUUCUGUCCGCGGUGUGUUCAGGAGAGGAGGAAGAAGAAGUAAGGCUGGGGCGGACACUGGACCAGAAGAGCAAGUUAAUAUAUUCCCUCAUUCAUGUUGCAAUGUUUUACAUUCAUUUUAAAACUAUCUUGUUUCCGACGAUAUUUAAUAGCUCAACGGCCAGUUGUCAUUCUGGAUGUUUCCUUGAACAGACGAGAAGCCACCUGAGCCCUGUUGCACAGAUGAGCAGUCUUAGGGGACCUGCCACAGUGACUCCAUUCUUGUGACUUUCGUACAGACCCCUGGCCCUGAGCAUGGCGGUCACCUCCGGUGGCCCCGGGACUCCGUGGGGUGCGUGGCUGGUGCACUGCCGUCGAGUUGCAUCUGGAGCCGUGAGCCCCGGCGUCCGGCUGGCUUCCUGGGGCGGCUCGCCGAGGCCCUGGUGCCGCCGCGGGCACCUCUGAGCCUUGCCAGGAGCGGGGGCCUGUGGAGCCUGAGACGUGCCCAGAAGGGCCAGCCCUGCCCGGGCGGGGGCUCCGCCUCACUGUGCACUGCCUUCGCCUUCGGACUGCCUGUUCCCUCCAUGAGGGGUUUUCUUUCCGGAGUAAACGACACUCCAUUAGCAAACGGGCUUGUCGGUGCCAUGACCGGUAUGGAUAAGAUAGCCCAGCGGAAGGGCCGGCGGUCCGUUUCUCCGGGAAUUCUGACUCUGUACUGUGAAGAUGAGUUAUUGUGGUAGCAUGAAGAUAGUGGUCUGUGUGAACAUGAAGUGAGCCCAGGCUGCCGGGAGCUGACCUGAGACCUGUUGACUUGCACAGCAGGUCAGCCGCUCAGACUGAGUGGUGACAAUUAUGUGAUGUGAUUUGUGAGCUUCUCGUGCCACAGGAGCAGUUUUGUGUGAAGCCAGGAAACCCGCGUGUCUUUCCUCCGCGAUCAGCACGCGGCCUUGGACCCGCCUUGCUGGUCACGGUGGGGGUGGUCCAGGCGUGGACCCCUCGCGUGGCUUCUGCAGGCGGACUCUCCCCUGAGGCCGUCCAGGUGUGUUUGGAAGGCAGCGGGCACGGCGGCUCUGCCUCAGGCGCGGAGUCGGCAACACAGACUGGAGGCCCAGCUUCCCAGUGUGGACGGACCGCGUCCUGUCUGUGAGGAGGGCCAUCGACAGGGACCCAUCUGCUUUCCCCUGAUGGCCGCCCGUCCUGUGCGCUCCGGAGAGCAGAGACUGCGUCCUGUGGGGCUGCCGCCCACGGGGUCCCUACUGUCCUACAGGCGACGGGGGCCUGCCCUGGGUCCGCAUCCGAGCACCUUGCGUCUGACCCUGUCCUCUCCAGAGGGAGCUGGCGGCCAGGACUUGCUCUGCGAAGACUGCGGGUGGUCUGUGCAGUGCGUGGCCCUCGGGGCUCCCGCGGGCGGGCGUGGGGCGUGGCUGCUGCUGCCCCUCGGCCCCGGGCUCGUCCCGGCCACGCAGCGCUCCUGAGGAAGGGGCCUGCUGGCACCCGCAGCCUCUGCCUUGGCGGGAAACCCGGGGGAGUUGGUGUUUAGUAACUUAGGUUUUAGUUAGCACGGAUGUUUAAAGAUUAUGGGGAGUAAAUUGUGGAAAAGGUUUUUUUUUUUUU